CGCUCGGGCUCCCUCCCGGCCGCGCCGGCCGCAGCGUCGAGGGCCUACGCCUCCCCCGGCCGGAGCUCCCCGCGGCGCCCGGCCGCUUCCUCCCGCCCCUGCGGCGGGGAGCGAGCUCGCCCACCAGGUCCUCCCGGCCCGGCCCGAACAUGCUGGACGGCCUGAAGAUGGAGGAGAACUUCCAAAGCGCCAUCGAGACUUCGGCGUCCUUUUCCUCGCUGCUGGGCAGAGCGGUGAGCCCCAAGUCUGUCUGCGAGGGCUGUCAACGGGUCAUCUCGGACAGGUUUCUGCUGCGGCUCAACGACAGCUUCUGGCAUGAGCAGUGCGUGCAGUGCGCCUCCUGCAAAGAGCCCCUGGAGACCACCUGCUUCUACCGGGACAAGAAGCUCUACUGCAAGUAUGACUACGAGAAGCUGUUUGCUGUCAAAUGUGGGGGCUGCUUCGAGGCCAUCGCGCCCAAUGAGUUCGUCAUGCGGGCCCAGAAGAGCGUGUACCACCUGAGCUGCUUCUGCUGCUGUGUCUGUGAGCGGCAGCUCCAGAAGGGCGAUGAGUUUGUCCUGAAGGAGGGGCAGCUGCUCUGCAAAGGGGACUAUGAGAAGGAGCGGGAGCUACUGAGCCUGGUGAGCCCAGCGGCGUCAGACUCAGGCAAAAGUGAUGAUGAAGAAAGUCUCUGCAAGUCAGUCCAUGGCGCAGGGAAAGGAGCCACUGAAGAUGGCAAGGACCAUAAGCGCCCCAAACGUCCUAGAACCAUCUUGACCACCCAACAGAGGAGAGCAUUCAAAGCCUCAUUUGAAGUUUCCUCCAAGCCGUGCAGGAAGGUGAGGGAGACCCUGGCCGCAGAGACAGGGCUGAGCGUCCGUGUCGUCCAGGUGUGGUUCCAGAACCAGAGAGCUAAGAUGAAGAAGCUGGCCAGGCGACAGCAGCAGCAACAGCAGGACCAGCAGAACACCCAGAGGCUGAGUUCCGCUCAAACAAAUGGCGGUGGGAACGCUGGGAUGGAAGGGAUCAUGAACCCCUACACGGCUCUGCCCACCCCACAGCAGCUCCUGGCCAUCGAGCAGAGCGUCUACAGCUCAGACCCCUUCCGACAGGGCCUCACCCCCCCUCAGAUGCCGGGAGACCACAUGCACCCAUACGGUGCGGAGCCCCUUUUCCACGACCUGGAUAGUGACGACACCUCCCUCAGUAACCUGGGUGACUGUUUCCUAGCAACCUCAGAAGCUGGGCCCCUGCAGUCCAGAGUGGGAAACCCCAUUGACCACCUGUACUCGAUGCAGAAUUCUUACUUUACCUCUUGAGUCUUCCCCUCGAGUUCUGUGGCUGGGCUGCCACACGGA